AUGACCAUCAAGCUUAUAGGAUUUAAUGCCUCACCUAACACUCUUCGUGUGCUUUAUGUGCUUAAGGAAUUGGAAAUUCCGUAUGAGUAUGAGGUUCCAAGUAACUUCGCUCACAUCAAGUCACCAGAAUUUUUAAAGAUGAACCCUUUUGGACGAGUUCCGGUUCUCAUUGACGGUGACUUUACAAUCUACGAAUCUCGCCCUAUCUGUCACUAUUUAAUUAGGGAAUACCAUGGCAAAUACAACUCUACCCUCUUGAUACCCAGUGAUAUCCGUAAAGCUUCACUUGUCGGUCAAUACCUAUCAACCGAGACAUGCGACUAUACCAUUCCCGUGGGAAAAAUUGUUAUGCAAGAAGUAAUUUCCAGGCUUUACGGAGGCAGUCCAGAUCCAGAAAAAGUUAAGGAAGCUCGCGUGGAAGUUGAAAAGGUGUUGGACAUUUAUGAGAAAAUAUUAGAAGGGAAAGAUUAUUUAGUUGGUGAAUUUUCUUUUGCCGACAUUUCUCACUGCCCAGGUAGCUAUUUAGCUGCUGUUAAAGGGGGUCAUAAAGAUUUGUGGGAUGCGAGACCCAAUGUUAAGAGAUGGAUUGAAAACCUGUUCGCGCGUGAUGCUUGGAAGAAGACUCUAGAAGAAACCGGUAAUAAUUAA